AUGGGCGUCAAUGGUGCCCUUUCGAAUUCGAGGAUCAAGGAGAUCCUCAUGAGACAUGGCAUGAGCCCCAAAACAUCCCAGGAAUGCGCCCUCAACGAGCUGAGAGGCUGGUCGACAUCCGCAGUCGAGAGCGUCUUGUCCAAGAUCAAGAGACCCUGUAUCGGCCACUGCCCACUGAACUACACCAGUCCCGACCCCGACGAGACCUCGAUCGGGCGUCGUCUUGGUUCCUGGCUGCCUUCGGCAUGGGUCAGGCCACCUCUGGGACUCGUGCGACAGGCCGUCGACGAGAGAAAAGCGCUCUGCGUGAACAGAAGAUUCCAGUGGAGUCUCUGCGGCGAUGGUUACUUCGCCGUCUCCCACGUCUGGGGGGAGGGCAUCCGGGCCGACCCCAAAGGCCGCGGCCUCGCCCACCAGCAUCUGACGAGGGUCUUUGACGCCCUAGCGAGCACGGGAGCCGAAUGGAUAUGGCUGGACGUCCUCGCCGUCCCGAACGCCGAUCCGGAGGGCCUUAACCUGAGCCCGGAGGAAAAGGAGCUGCAGGUGAAGGUCAUCAACACCCUCCCACAAGUCUACGAAGGGGCCACUGCCGUCAUCGUCUUCGAUGCCCUGGUGCUGCAGAUGCACGGUGCCUCGUCGGCCGACGUCGCCGUCGGGCUCGUCUGCGGGGCGUGGAUCUCGAGGGUAUGGACGUACCAAGAGAUCCGGCUGGCAAAGAAGGCCCUCAUCGUGACCGCCGACCGGAUAUACACCUGGGACGAAAUCGUCAAGAAUCUUUGGCAACUUGUCGAAGACGACGACGACGGGUCACGUCAAGGAGGCCCGCCCAGGCUCAGCAGGUUCUACUCUUUAUACCUUUCCAUGGCGAUCUUGCAAUACAUCAAUGAAACCGGCCUUUCCCUCACCGACAUCUCAUUUGCGUCGGCGACGCGGCAGUCGACGUACGAGAUCGACUACGCGCGGUCUCUCUUCGCGCUAGUGGACCUGCCAUGGGACCCGGCGUGGAAAACAUCGGCGCCGGGCAUGCAGGCUAUCUACCAGCAUCGCCGUCAAGACGCUUCCCGCUUGGUCGCAAUGUAUGGAGCGAAGAGGCUGAAAGUCAGUCCGCGGUGGGCGCCGUCCCGGCUGGCUGGGCUCGAGGGGACGGUCCACGGUGACAUGAUUUGGGAAGAGAGAGGACUGCGGGGAAUGUGGUAUCGGGAGCGAAUUGCGAGCUUCACCGAACUCGUGUUGGGAAAAGGACGCCGGGCGAUGAGGUUGUUCCUGAGUGACCGGGACUGUGACUUGUGGUGUGAGGUGCUGGUUGGCGCCGACGAGGAAGCCGAGACUAUCGAUGGCUUCAAGAAAGCCGUUGGAGACGGGCGGGCGUUUCUGUUCUGCAAGCAUCAGAUCGCAGACGGUGUUGGACUCGAACGAGGGACGGCCAGCCAGGCGCUGGUUGUCGAGACUCUGGAUGGGGGCCAGGACGGCGAAGUGGAUGUGCUGUUUGCGACAGCACUGAGGGCAGUCCAGGGUGAGUCGAGCGGCGAACAAUCUUCAGUCUUGUUAAGACAUUGA